GGCAGUAAUGGAUAGGGAGUACGCGCGAAUAUAGGACGCGUGAGUCGAGGGAUUUGGGGCCUUCGCGUUCUCUAUUCACCGUCAUGCUCCGCGUCACUCGACCUUUGCGCCAGGCGCUCCGGACCACCACGGGCCUCACCGGAAUCGCGGUCCAUUCGAGCCCCUUGUCGGCACUCACCGAGACGUACCGAAACACCCUUGCUCAGCUCUCACACAUUCCCGAAACGGCGGUCUACCGACAGGCGACGGAAGCUCUCAUACAACACAAAUUGAACAUCGUGCAGGCCGCAAAUGAGGAUGUAGCUGCUGUUGAGAAAGGUCUGGGGGAGGGGUUGAUCGAGGAGUCGCUUCUCAUUGCCGUUGAUGAGCUGAAGGUUGCUGGAGAGAUGCUCCAGUGGAAGGCAUGGGAGCCGUUGUCUGAAAAACCUGCCCCAGGGCAGUGGGAAUACAGCUCAUAGACAUACGUGGUUGAAGAGCAUAGAUGUAAUAGCAUAUGUAUGCACACCUUCGCUCGAGAUCUACUUCGCACUGAUCUCGACCGGCUCGCCAAUACUUGGCCUUCUGGAUUACCUAUAUAGUCUCUGAGCCUUUGAGCUGAUGACGUCUCCUCGUUUCUCUCGAUUUAAGCUGCAUUCAAUAGACUAGACCGAUACAACAUUGAUGAACGUACAGCCACCCAUCGUUAUUCUCUCCUCAACCUUCAUGGACUCUCUGAUACCCUUUACGACCUCUGGGUCGUUGGUCGAUUGCGUAGACAGGAAGAUGCUGGUGGUAUUACGAGACGGCCGAAAACUGCACGGGGUUCUGCGCUCGUAUGAUCAGUUUGGUGGGGACACCUUGGCUUUCGCUGGGAGACAUCUAACGACGACUUUCGCAGCGAACCUGGUCCUAGAAGACACCAUUGAACGAAUCUAUCACGGCGGGGCUUUUGCUGAAAAUUGGCAUGGGUUGUUUCUUAUUCGCGGAGAGAAUGUAGUUUUGCUCGGGGAAAUAGACCUCGAUCUGGAGGACGAGGUACCCAUAGGUCGCCAGGUCGAAUAUGGGCAGCUGGAACCAUUCCAUAAAAGCGAGGUGGAGACUAAGAAAGAGAGGGAAGAGGUCAAGUCCCAGAUUCUAUACGAGCAGAAAGGGUUCUGUAAGGAGGGUGGUGAGGGCGAUGGUUACUAGCCGGCCGAUGGGGAUAUGCAGACGCGGAAGACCGUCCGGUCGAGGAGGGCCGGCUUCACAGGCAGAUUCAUUACGCCUUCCAGUAUCAUGGUCAGAUACAUCCUGUACUUGUUGUAACAUUGAGAGAGCGUACUAUAUAUGCACUUGAAAGUAGGAAUGGCUACAGAGAGAAAUACAGUAAUUCGAGAACAUUUCGAUUAGCAAGGGAGAUAGAAAUACACUCAAGGCACGUUCUUCCUCUUCUUAGUCUUCUUAUUGUCCGCAGCGGAUUUAGAUUUGGAGUUGCCGUUCGUAAGUUUGGACGGUUUCAGUGGCGAAGCAGAGAACGGAUUGGUACAGGACCGGUUGAAUGGCUCGACGAUGUCUUCAAUCCGCUUCCGGAGCUCGCGUUCUUUCGUCGUAAGCCGGUUGAGAGCCUCCUCCGUCUUCUCCUUUUCCUUGAUGAUGUCGAGGGCUCGGAUGGUCUGCCAACUGAAACGGAUUCGUGAAUGGGUGUCAGGCAUUCGACAAGACCGCAGCUCACCCUUCAUGCCGAUCACAUCUGAAGUUUCCAGCGCACCACCAAGCCUCGUCAACCUGCAUUGAAUUGCUGUCCUUGUCGUCGUAGGUAUCGAGGAUGGCUUGAGCAUACUCCGCCGCCCCAGGUUCAGUCCAUUCGUCUUCAUCCAUCAAGAUCCGUUGGUCCCAGCCGCAUUGCUCAACUUGAUCUGCUCGCUCUUUGGCACUCUCUAGCAAGCGCUCGCGCCAGAGAACAAUGUCCAAUUUGUGGCGAAGCCCUUCGCGGAGAACCACAAGCUCCUCCAGAACGCUUUCCAGAUUGGCGACAUCGCGAUCUUUUUUACCCCCAGAGGUUUUGACGCGCGAGACGGUUGUCAGUUUUCCGUCUUCUUCUUGUUCCUCGUGAAUGAUCACCACCGCCUCGCGCCGUUCCGCAAGCUUGACGCUUUCCCAGAGAGCCUCCUUCUUGCCCCCAUUCUUGGUAAAUGUCUCGAUCCGCUUGUGCAAGUUCUUGACUCCACACUCCGUGGAGCAGUAUUUAGAAAAUGCGCCCUGCGCGGGCUUGUGACAAGCAUUGGGGGAAUCUGGAUUUGCAUGAUCAAGUCCAUAACGGCAGCGAGGCUUGUAAGUCGUCUUGAGCGAAAGUUGAGGGUUUUCU